AGACAUACCUUGGCCUUCACCCAAAAGUAUUCUGCACCUUAACUUGCCAGAAUCAAACGAUAGCCGUCUAUUGAAAUAAACAAUGUCUCACGUACCAGCCAUCCUCAACCCCACCGAGAAGGACCUCCAGCUCUUGCUGGCCGCCCAGUGCCACCUCGGCAACAAGAACGUGAACACCCGCAUGAUUCCCUAUGUUUACAAGCGCCGCGCUGAUGGUAUCAACAUCAUCAACCUUGGCAAGACUUGGGAGAAGUUGGUGUUUGCUGCCCGUGUGAUCGUGGCUAUUGAAGACCCCAAGGACAUCGUAGUCAUCUCUGCCCGUCCUUAUGGCCACCGUGCUGCCUUGAAGUUCGCCAAGUACAUUGGUGCCGAGGCUAUCGUCGGUCGUUUCACACCCGGUACCUUCACUAACUACAUCACCCGCACUUUCCGUGAGCCCCGUCUGAUCAUCUGCACUGAUCCCCAUUCUGACUUCCAGGCCAUCAAGGAAGCCUCAUAUGUCAACAUCCCUGUCAUCUCUCUUGCUGACACCGAUGCUUUCCUCCAGUAUAUUGAUGUGGCCAUUCCCACCAACAACAAGGGUAAGCACGCUCUUGGUCUUAUAUAUUACCUCCUUGCCCGUACCGUCCUCCGUCUCCGCGGCACCCUUGACUACGCUUCCGAGUGGGAUGUCAUGGUUGAUAUGUUCUUCUACCGCGAGCCCGAAGAGGCUGAGAAGGAGCAGAUCGCCGCUGCCGCCGAAGGAGGCCUUGAGGCUGGUGAAUGGGGAGGUGCCCAAGAGGUCGACUGGACCAUUGAGGGCGCCGUCGAUGGCCCCGCUGGCAUUGCUGCCGCCGCCAACGCAACCGCUUCUGCCGAUUGGUCUACCCAGGCUGCCACUUCUGACUGGGCUGAGGAUGUAAACCCUGCUGCUCCUACUUCUUCGUGGGAUUAAAUUUCAAUCAAAAGAAAAUAAGACAAGAUCCAAAGCUUUCAUAGAUCAAAUAUGAAGCUAUUUUGGAUCACUAAAAACGCAAAGAAAAAGAAAAUAAUAAAAUCGUUGACUUUUUGUUUGUUUGUUUGUUAAAU